CUGGCGGUGUGACGCCGUGAUCUGCGCUGGUCGGUGGCACUUGGCGGGUCCCCGGCCUGGCUGCCCGCCUCAGCCCCCGCGGCGGGCACGGCACGGGACGGGCGGUGCCGCGCGCCCCUCCCGGGCGUCGGCCACUGGCGUCACAGCGGGGCCCGCGCGGGGGCCCGCCCCGGCCUGGCGCGCGGGUCACGUGAGCGGCAGCGGCGGCGGCGUCAGCUGAUCGCGGCGCGGCGGCGAUGGACUUUCUGCUCGGGAACCCCUUCAGCUCCCCCGUGGGGCAGCGCAUCGAGAGAGCUACCGAUGGGUCCCUGCGGAGUGAGGACUGGGCUCUCAACAUGGAGAUCUGCGACAUCAUUAACGAGACUGAAGAAGGGCCCAAAGAUGCCUUCCGAGCCAUUAAGAAGAGAAUUGUAGGAAAUAAGAAUUUCCAUGAAGUUAUGCUAGCUUUGACGGUCCUGGAGACAUGCGUCAAAAACUGCGGCCAUCGCUUCCAUAUCCUUGUGUCCAGCCAGGACUUUGUAGAAGGUGUCCUGGUGAGAACAAUCCUGCCAAAGAACAAUCCACCUGCCAUAGUGCAUGACAAGGUGCUGACCCUCAUCCAGUCCUGGGCGGAUGCCUUCCGCAGCUCACCAGACUUGACUGGUGUUGUUGCUGUCUAUGAAGACCUGAGACGGAAGGGCCUGGAGUUCCCCAUGACUGAUCUGGACAUGCUGUCACCCAUCCACACACCACAGAGGACUGUGUAUAGCUCUGACUCCCAAUCUGGACAGAACUCAUCUGCGGUCAACUCCCCUCAGCAGAUGGAGUCCAUCCUCCACCCUGUCACCCUGCCCACUGGGAGAGGCACAUCCAGCGACGCGCCCAUCACACCCACACCAGAGCAGAUCGGGAAGCUGCGCAGUGAGCUGGAAGUGGUGAAUGGGAACAUAAAGGUCAUGUCGGAGAUGUUGACGGAGCUGGUGCCAUCCCAGGCCGAGUCUUCUGACCUGGAGCUGCUGCAAGAGCUGAAUCGCACAUGCAGAGCCAUGCAGCAACGUGUGCUGGAGCUGAUUCCCCGUGUCCUCCAUGAGCAACUCACUGAGGAACUGCUCCUCAUCAAUGACAACCUCAACAAUGUGUUUCUGCGCCAUGAAAGGUUCGAGCGUCUUCGGACAGGACAGCCUGUUAAGGCACCAAAUGAGGCAGAGAACAGCUUGAUCGACCUGGGACCCAGUACUCCUUCUGCCGUGAGACAGCCUGAAGUCACCAACAACCUUUCCUCUCAGCUGGCUGGAAUGAACCUGGGCUCGAGCAGCGUAAGUGCAGGACUGCACUCCCUCGACACCUCUGGCAAGCUGGAAGAAGAGUUUGACAUGUUUGCCCUGACCCGUGGCAGCUCACUGGCUGAGCAGCGCAGAGAGGUAAAAUACGAAGAUCCCCAAGCCUCCAAAGGACUCGCUGGUGCCCUGGAUGCCCGGCAGCAGAACACAGGAACGGGGGACUCUGGUGCCUCUAGUGAUGGAGCCCAGCUGACUAAGUGGAUGAUGCGGCAAGGAAUGGUGCCGGUUCCCCAGGCCAAUUUCAUGGAAGACAUAGAGAAGUGGCUCUCCACUGAUGUGGGAGAGUCAGAGGAUGGAAAAGGUGUCACCAGCGAAGAGUUUGACAAGUUUCUGGAAGAGCGAGCAAAAGUUGCAGACCGGCUACCCACUUUGUCCAGCUCCUCAGCAGGGACGUCCGUCUCCCCUCCUGCUGCCAGCCACCAUCGGAAGCAAGCAAAGGAAGAUGAUGCUAUGUUUGCCUUGUGAAUGCUAUGGACUGGUAUGCUGUGGAGCAAGAGGCUGUGUGUGCUGUUUUGCUUGCCUCCGACCAGGGGCCAGCAGGGGAAGGACUCUGUCCCCUUCCUCCACUCUCUUCCUGUUUUCCCUUUGAGUUGUUUUUAUUUUUAAGCUGCUUUCAGAUUUUAGAUAAUCUUUGUUGUGUUUAGGGAUGUCACACAAUAGACUUGUGAAGGGGGUUUUCAAAGCUGCUAGAGAAUGUGGGAGUUUGGUGGGCUUUUGUUUUUUUUCGGUACAGUGUGGGCAAAGCGGAAGAAGCUUCCCAUCCUCCUCUCCAGUGAGGUAGAUAGAGAUCUUGCCCAAAAAACAGGAGAGGCUGCAGUCUGCUGCUGAAAUCAUUCCUGCCUGCCUCUUCCCUCACGCCGUCCCUAGAAUGGAUCUCCAGCCCUCUGCCUGCCACUGUUAGACUGGGAAGCAUGAGGAUGUGAAGCAUUACAGGUGGCAGAGGAGGAACACUACUGGUAGAGGGACCCUGUUGCUCUAGUCUCUCUUGCACAAGUGCUUGUGAUAUGCAACACCUUCCCACUCACAACCCCUUCUCUUCCUCUUCCUUUCCUCCCCCUCCCUGUCAGUUUAUCCAGAAUCCUACCCACAGCCCGAAUGUCUCCCUUGCAGGACAGCCAGCUACCAAAGCCCCUGGCUGCACACAGGGCUUGAGCUGCGAGCGGUACCCCAGGCUGAAGGGGCUGUCUGCUAUGGGAUAGGAUGUGCCUUCGGCAAACUCUUUGCAGUUAAUUUAAUUCUCCCAUUAUUAUACUACCUUCCCCCUCUCUCCCCGAUGCAGUCCCACCUCCCUCUCUCACUUCCACUGAUGCCUUCCACCUCUUUGUGGGGCGUCUCUCCAAGCCUCUGAUGAGGCCAGCGCUGCAGACUCCUCAGGGUAGCUCUGUGUGCUGGGAGCAAAGAGCUGUGUUCCCUAAAGCUGAAGGCCCUUCCAUCGCCACACUGUCAUACCAGAGAGAACACGCUGUUGCUGGGGUAGCUUGUUUAGCUGGUGAGCACAGAGAUGAAGUAAGACAUCAGUCAUCUUUGCCCCAGCAAAGCAGCCCUGCAGCAGCCAGAAGUUCCUUUGCACGUGGGGUGAAAAACUUCUGAGCAAACUGCACACGCUGCCUAAUUGCAAAAAGGCAGCUGGGGAGGAGGGUGCCAAGCCUGGGGCUCCUGCUCAUGGGAUUUCUUGUUGAGCGUGGGAGAGUUGCCUUUUUUUUUUAUUGCACAUUAAAGGAGCAAAGUCUCGAGCCUCCCUUGAAGAUACGUGUGUGCUGUCAGUGCUGGCGUGGGGAGGGGAAGGCCCGGAGGAGGAGGAGAGGGGUGCGACCCUGCAGCCACGUUUGCUCUCCAUGGAAAUGUGAGGGCACCAUGGCACUGAGACAAGGCACGUCAGGAUGCUGCGAGCCAAGGCAGGUGCUUGCUGCUUUUUAGCACAGUCUCCUGGGGAGGUGACUACAGCCCAUCUCAAAAUAGCAAGAGGGCAAGCUACCUCCUCACCUUUCCCUCUCUGCCUUGUGACCAGAUCCAAAUACCUACCUUGCAGCCCAUAAAUCACUUAAAAGACAUGCAAGAUAUGCAGUUGCUACAGAAGGGCUCUCUGGUAUCCACAGGGCGUCCUCAGUUGUCCCCAUGCCAUCCCCUGGUGUCCAGCUGAGUGGGAGCUGGGGGAAGGAGUCUUAAAAGGAGAUUGAACAGGUUGAGAAAGUGUCAUCUGAGCCCCCGACUUGUAGGAAGGAGUUAAAUUAGCUGAAGUCAUCCAGACCUCAGCACCUCCCUCUCCCCCUGCCUGCUCUGCAGUCUCAGCUGUACCAAGCUGGGGCAGAGGCUUGAGGAUAAGAGCUGUGAGCAAAGCUGGUCUGUGGCUGGUGGCAGCGGGGCUGGAAAAAGCAGUGUGCUGGGUUUCCUCCUCUGCCAGCACUUGUGGGUCGGGAGGAAGCUUUGUGCUCUUCGUCAGCUUUCCAAGUCAGACAGCACAUACUCUCCUUGGACAGUUCGUCCCUUGGAAAAAUGAAUCACCAUUUCCAAUUCCAGUGCGUUCCCAAUGCCUCUGGGAGGAACCAGGGGAGAAUCUCUCUGCUCUCCACCAGGUGGUAUUAUAUAUAUGUAAUAUAACCCUUUUUGAGCAGCAGUCCUCAAACCAGGGUGUGCAUCUUAUCUUCUGGAGGUGGUGGGGAGGAGAAAGCCCAGCCUAAUCAGCCUAAGAGCUGCCUGUCCUGUCCCAUCUUGCUGGUGAGUCCAUAAGUGGCUCUGCUGGAGGUUGCCUGAAACUAAACAAGUCUUGGCUUCAUCUCUGAGCUACUCCUCCUCCUGCAGCCAGUUCAGCAGCAGGACUUCACUGGGCCACAGGACCCCACUCUUCCCACCUGAAAAGGGCUUGGGUGGGACAAAGGGUGCAAAUGAAGAGCGCAGCCUAAGAGCUGCGGGUUUGUGCCUUACCAAAUGUGUGAGGGUUUCAUGUGGCAAGCACAUGAAGGUGCUUGGUAAGGUGUGCAAGGUAAAUGCAGGGGAGCAGCAGGGCCACACACCUCUGUCACAAGUGCAAGUGCAUUUUUACCACACACAGCUUUCUGAAAUAUCCCUCUUUUUUUGUUUUUUUUUGGUGUUUUUUUUUUUUUUAACUCUCCAAAGCAUCCUUGGCUCAGCAGAUGCUAGAAGUGAAACCCGGGGCGAGAGGCUGGAUUUGCCCUUGCAGUGCUGGCUCUGGCCUCUGCUGUCACCCCUGUGGCAAGCCCAGAGCCAAACUCAUCUCCCUGGAGAGCACCUUCCCCCAAACCCAGUGAGGGCACGCAGAGCUUGCACCAAAGGCUCUGUGCUGGGAGUGUGGCCCGCAGGAGGAUACUUGAAGUCAAGGGCCCAUGAGGGUCAACGCAGCAUCCCCCCCAGUGCUGCAGACCUGCGAGGGCAGGUCCCUCUGAUGAGACAGGACUCUGAGCUGCGAUGGGAGGGUCUGAGAUCUCCUGCAGUUCCCUCCUGUGAGUCUCAACAGAAAAACAGAGAACAAGAGGGAAAGGCAAAAGGGUUAAACGCUGAACUUCCCAGAGCAGAGGCAUGAUGGAGCCCAGGCUGGUGGGCUUUGCAAUUGUGGGGCCAGAAGGGUCUCCAGAGCAAGGGGCCCGAUGCCUAAACCCUCUUGCCAGUGCCUGGACUCGAGCUGCCUGGCUCUGUUGGGAAGGGAGGGCUUCUGGUGCUCGGUCAGCAUUUGUGAAGGACACCAGCCUGUUCACACCAGUAACGUUCUGAACGCUGGAUGGUGCCUCAGCGAGCGGUUACAGUUCUCAGUGCCUCCAGCUCCCUUGGUGUGCGACAGCACUGCCUCUGGCUUUCCCUGAAAGAGAAAUUAAGCCAUCCCCCAAUGUAUACCCUCAGCAUGAGGAGCUCAAGCUCCUCCUUGCUGCCUCUGGGAUGCCCUGAGACCACCUCAGGAUAAGGACCCCUUCUCCACCCUGACCUUGUUUUCCUCCUCCCCAGACAGACAGCACGGGUGCUGGCAAAGCCAAGAGGGGACCGUCCCCAAGGAAGACUAGAGGGCAGGGGAAUUGGGCCACCGCUAUUUUUGUCAUGGGGCGAACAGUUGGGAUGGGCUUUUGGUGGCUGCCAAGUAGGGUCAGUUUGAAGCAAUGACCAACAGGUGAAAAUCCAGAGUGCUGCUGAUGGCCAUCCAGGCGAGCCUGUCCCCUCCCCACCACACAACCAGCUGUGGUCGUGGUGCUCUUCACUGUGGGCCACCCAGCGCAGAGACUUAUCCUACAGGGAUGACGUCUCUUUUUUUUCAAGCAACUGAAAAUAUUAAGAAUGGGGAUGAGGGCGUGGAAUCUUUCCAUGCCCAAAUUAGUGCUUGUUAUAGAUUAUACCAGUAAUAGCUUGAACAAUUUUGCAAGGUUUCUAUUGAGGACGAACUUGGGAAAAAAAACCUGCCAGGUCUGCAAGGGAUGACUUUAAGUAGAGGCCAGAUGUUUUGCAUGGUCAAAACCUGCUUUAAUAAAAUGGCACCACUAUAAAGAAUUCCUUUAAUUGCCUUUCCCUUUUCAAAAGCGUUUUCUGGCGUUGCUAUUUUAAAAAGGAAUAAUGCUGCCUGAUCGCCUGUGACCACCAGAUGGCUGUGGUCCCUCACACACUCUGCCCCAGCUCCACCAACUGCAGACAAUACCUCCUUGCUUCGCAAUGACCUGCUUAGCUGGCUGUGCAACCACUGGAAACAAAACAAACCAAAGUUUUUCCCUUAUUCUAAGUAUUAUGCUGCAACCAUUAGCCCAGUGUGGACUCACACAGUGACUGCUCCAGAGCGUGCACUCAGGGGUGGGGAGCGGGGAAGGAGCUUGCACUGUGUCUGAGCAUCCAUGAAUAACCACACUGGGAACAGGAUCCUGGCCUGAAUGGAUAUUCUGCAUGACCCAGAGCAGUUGUUUCUAUGUAAGCUGAGGAAAGGCAUAACUUCCUUGUACUGGGUCAGAGUUGCUCCACGUAUCUAAAAAUUAAAUUUAUGCUACAAGCUGA